ACUCUUCUCACAUGCUUGAUUUUAUCGCGUUGCGACACCUGGAAGACGGUCGCCCUGCUGGCGGGCCAUCCCCGUGAGGCCGCGAACCGCCAAGACCACCCCCCACAACCCACGACGACGACUAUGUCGUUCAGUGCGUCUCCAUAUCCGCCAUCAUCGCGAGAACGCCCAAUCCAUAGCCGCUCUCUCCAUCAACCGCCUAAUGCGACCCGUUUGCGGACUCCCAAUGCGCUGAACGAUGAGGCCAUGUCAAACCACAACGCGAACAACUUCGGGGAUGGGGGAGACAUCGCCGCGGAGGAAGAUCCUCGGGCGGCGCGUUGGCGCGAACACUACCUACGCACCGAAGCGCGUCUGGCUUCAGUGCUCGGCGGCACAUACGAAGGCGAUGCUGUUGAUGCCCUGGACAACGAGGCGUCAUCCGGUGAUGCUCCGGCGCAUGACGCGCGACCAGCCAUCACCCCGAAGAAGCUAACCCGCACCAUCGACGAGGACGACUACGGCGAUGACGAAGACGAUGAAGAUGACGACGAUACCCGCACCUCUCCCUUACACACGAAAGGCUCAACCAAUGGCCUUGCUGCCGCCGCUCCCAGCACGCCAAGCCUUCUCCGCGUGCCCUCCAUAUCGAACAAGUCAGGUCACGACCGGACUGGGACACCUUCGUUGGAACACACAAAGACAUCAGAUGAUGUGCGCAAGAAGCUGCAACAAGAUAAAAAGGCAGCCGAGGAUGCUGCAAAGCGGAGCUUCCAGACCAUGUUCUACCCAUUGGAGAGCGACCGUGACGCGAUGCUGGAACAGCAGAAGCUUGACGAGCUCGACCGCCAAGUGGAGAUAGAAACAUCUGGAACGCCUGCGAAUGCACCGCCCAACAGCGCCGUCGUGGCCCCUCAGCAGGGCACUUUGAGCACCACCAACCUCGGGGCGUCUAGCCUUACCCUCAAGCACCUCAUCUCCCGCAUCGAUGCGCAAAGAGACAGAGUUCAUGCGACAGACGCGCAGCUACGAAGCCUCAUCAGCGAAGUCCGUAAGAAUAGGAGUAAAUGGGCAAACGAAGAUCGGGUCGGCCAGGAGGAGCUCUACGAGAGCACGGAGAAGGUCCUCAUGGAACUCAAGGCAAACGAACAUGCCCACCCCUUCCUCCAGCGCGUCAACAAGCGAGAGGCCCCAGAUUACUACAAUGUGAUCAAACACCCCAUGGACAUUGGCACAAUGAUGAAGAAGCUCAAGCAGUUACAGUACAAAUCCAAGAAGGAGUUCGUGGAAGACCUCAUGCUUAUAUGGUCGAAUUGUCUGAAGUACAACGCAGACCCGAGCCAUUUCCUCCGGAAAAAGGCCUUGCAUAUGAAGAAGGAAACAGAGAAGCUCGUACCUCUCAUUCCUGAUAUUACCGUUCGUGAUCGCGCCGAGGUCGAGGCUGAGGAGCGGAGAAUGCGUAAUGGCGAUGCAGACGCUGAUGGCGCUGAUGACAGCGAAGAUGAGGAACCUAUCAUGGCUUCACGGGGCAGAAAGGCACCAAGCAAAGGAGGCAAAGGCUCAAACGCGGCACGGAAGGCUCCUCCAGCCGGUCUGGAAGAUACGCCGGGCCCAGAAACGAAGCCGCCAGUACCGUCUCUUAACAACGCAGUAUCCAACCUGAAGAAUGAGUUUCUACGAGCUGACUCUGAAAUGGAAGGGAGCGUCAAUGGUUUCUCAACACCUCCACCACCCGGUGCAUUGACACCAUUAGGGCCAAACAGCAUCUCGCGGAACGGCGUGAAUGGCAGUCAAGCCGAUGUAUCGGAAGCCGACGGCACUGGUAUUUCAGUCAGCGAUGCUUUGGAAGAGGAUGCCGAUCUCGACGACCUGGAAUACAAAACCUGGAAACAAGUGACGAAGAAAGAUCGAGCAAUCAUCGCAUCAGAGAGGCACAGAUUGUUCCGUGACGACCAUCUACAACCGGAUGAACCUGCCAUUCUGCGCACUAAAGCUGGCAUGAGAAGAUGGUUACGACACCGAAAGCAGGCUAUCGAAGAAGAGUCUGCUGGUGGAGCUGUUUCUGCGCCGGACGGCAAAGACGGCGUUCAGGCCACAGCUGGCGAAUCACUUGCGGAAGGCAUUGAAGGGGAAGAAGAGCGUCAGAUUCCUGAUUACUACGACCCUGUGUGCACCAUUCCUGACCUUUCUGAGCGUCUGCAAUGGGUCGAGGACGCUGAAGGUUAUGUUAUUCCACAAGCGGAAGAGUACAUGCGUAUCUUGCCGAAAGGACAGUUCAUUUCCCCUGACAGUGCGCUCGUGCACAAGUUCGAUGGUAACAACCACAUAUUGCAAGAAACCAGGAAAAUCUGUGCAAAGAUUGGCAUCGUCAAACAGAUGCAGAUUCAGUCACAGUUGUACCAAAACCAGUUCCAGAGAUAUGAGCCACAGCCUUUUCACGAGGCAGACAUUGAGCCAAUAGUCACGUCUGAGGAUGGGCCGAUCAUGGCUCCUUAUGUCUGUCGUGCUGCCCUGCAGCGCAGCGUUGGCAAGGUCUUCUAUCAUGCUGGAUUCGAAGAGUUCCAGCCGUCCGCUCUUGACGCCGUGACUGAUAUCGCGGCAAAAUUCUUCCAAAAUCUUGUUGCAAGCCUGGGAAUCUACCGCGAGACGCCAAAGAUGAAGUCGGACACACCGAUCAUCCUUCCCAACGGCCAGGCUACAAACUGGGCACCGCGUUUUACCCAGGAAGAAGCCGUGCUUCAUUCUUUGCAUGCUAAUGGCGUCGAUCUUGAGUCACUGGAAACUUAUGUCAAAGACGAUGUCGAAAGGCUUGGUACAAAGCUCGGUGGUAUGCACGAUAGGAUGAAAUCGUACUACACUGAACUUCUGCGACCAGCUAUGGACAACGCUGGCGCUGACGGUGCCGGUGCCUUCAAUGACGGUAGCGAGCAGUUCGUGGGAGGCGAUUUCGCCGAGGACAUCGGCGAAGACUUCUUUGGUUUCAAAGAGCUUGGUCUCGAUAUUGAGUUCGGACUCACAUCUAGUGUGCCGUUACAUUUGCUGCAAAACAGGGUGCAUAAUGCGUAUGCCAGACAGGAUAACAGCAACAUCGCAACUACUGGCGUCAUCAUGCCUGAACCGUCAAAAUUCGAGCCCGUUACCGUACAGACCGCUGAAAACCAGAUUGGUCUUCUGCAGAACUGGCUCCUCAGCAAACUUCAUGACAACAAUAGUCAGCCGCUUGUUGAAGAUGACGAUCUCCCCCCGAAGCAGCGAUUCCCCAAACCCCGUUUGCCACCUACGGGCAAGAUCUCCAGUCCUCGGAAACGUCCUCUCCGAGAGCAGCAACAAAUGGCUCGUAAGAAGCGCAAGCUAGAUGAGGAGAAGGAUGAAAACAGCAACGAUCAAGCUGGGUUCAUGAAGGGCAUUGGCAAGCCCAUUGGAAAACUGAAGCUUGAGCCAGUGCAGAGAGAAAACCACAGCGUACAAGAGCCGGAGAAGGAGGAUGGUAGCGCCCAUGGAAUGCCGAGCCCACCCGAGUCUUUCUAG